AUGCUUUUUUUAAGCAAUGUGUUCUUUCGGUCAAGAAGCAAAAGAGUUCAUGUGAGCUUAGUAUCCUCCUGUGCAAGUAACUAUAUUUAUUCUACUUAUAUUUCUCCUAAUAAAUCCAAGUUUAGAUUGGCAUUAAGGAAACAUGACCCAGUUAUUAACCGACACGUGAUGUUUUACCAGAAGCACAUAAAAUCAAAAACAAAAAAAAAAUUAACGUUGCACGGAAUUAACUACGCGCGUUUCACAGGGAAGAACAAGAACUUAAGGCCCCUUUUAAAAAGAGUAGAGAAGUCAUAUCUAUAUGGAAAAUUCAACAAACUAGUAGACAACACUUACAGGAGUCUUCCAAGAAUGAGCUGA